UGUUUCCGAAAAGUGAACGUUUCACGAGUCAACAGCAACGUCUUUCGAGAAGUUCUAGGCGCUGUUUGCGACAUUUUUCCUUCUUUUAUCCGUCAUCCAAUGUUUUAUGUGAUGAAAUAACACGUUGAUUAACGCUUAUUUUCAAUAUUAGUGUUCAUAGUCGUAAUUAAGUAAUCACUAGAUUACGAUAUAAGCUAAUAUGGGCGACGAAAGCCAUCCUAAAACUCUCUACGUCGGUAAUUUGGACGCGAGUGUUACAGAAGUAUUCAUAUGUACGUUGUUCGGUCAAAUAGGCGAAGUAAAAGGUUGUAAGAUAAUCCGCGAACCCGGCAACGAUCCAUAUGCUUUCCUCGAGUUUACAAGUCACACGGCGGCAGCUACAGCUCUGGCCGCCAUGAACAAGCGAGUGGUCCUCGACAAGGAAAUGAAGGUUAACUGGGCUACGAGUCCUGGCAAUCAGCCGAAGACUGAUACCAGCAACCAUCAUCACAUAUUUGUAGGAGAUUUAUCACCGGAAAUUGAAACGCACAUAUUGCGAGAUGCAUUUGCUCCGUUUGGUGAAAUCUCGAAUUGUCGGAUAGUCCGCGACCCACAAACGCUCAAAUCUAAAGGGUAUGCUUUCGUUUCUUUCGUUAAGAAGGCUGAUGCAGAGGCCGCUAUUCAAGCAAUGAAUGGGCAAUGGUUAGGUUCUCGGUCCAUACGUACGAACUGGUCGACGCGUAAACCUCCAUCUAAGCCUAAUGAAGGUGCACCGAGCAGCAAGCGAGCAAAACAGCCAACGUUUGAUGAGGUAUACAAUCAGAGCUCACCGACAAACACAACAGUGUACUGCGGCGGGUUCACUAGCAAUGUUAUUACUGAAGAUUUGAUGCAGAACACAUUCUCACAGUUUGGCCAGAUACAGGAUGUAAGAGUAUUCAGGGAUAAAGGUUAUGCCUUUAUUAGGUUUACAACUAAAGAAGCGGCAGCACAUGCCAUUGAAGCAACACACAACACAGAAAUUAGUGGGCACAUAGUCAAAUGUUUCUGGGGGAAAGAGAACGGAGGAGGCGAUAACCAGAGCACGAACAACGCGACAGCAGCGCCGCCCGCUAUGGGAGCGCAAACGCAGUACCCGUAUCCAUAUCAACAAGGCAUGGGAUACUGGUAUGCUCAGGGCUAUCCGGCGUUACAAGGGUACAUGGCGCCCGGGUACUACCAGCAGUACGCCACCGCCUACAGUAACCCGCAAGCUGCAGCGGCAGCAGGGUACCGCAUGAGCAUGCCGGGCGGCGGCGGCGCGGGCGCGGGCGGCGGGUGGGGCGGGGGCCCGGCGCCGCUGAUGUACGCGUCGCCCAUGCCGUCGGCGCAGUAUCCGUCGCAGUAGCCGCCCCCGACACCCGUGCAAUGUCGCCACGUCCUGUGCCUCACGCGGUCCCCAGCGGAUCCGACCUAAUACAAUACGAACUCUGCGUCAAUUUUGUAAAACUGUCUCUGGACAGAUAAGUUUCGGUUUAGAUUUUAUUUUUGUACAAGUCCGUGCGGUUUUCCGUGUAGAGACUCCAUAAGUCACGUUGCGUGCUUGCAACUACAUUUGUAUAAAAUUGUUCUUGUUACUGUAUAAAGAGUGACGGCGAUGUUGUUCACGUCGUAAAUGUAUAUUUCAGAGCAUGCACACUGUCAGUCGAGGGACCUAACACCGUCACUUAGUGCGGGUAGUGUGCCGAACUAUUUAUGCAAUCGAGUUAUCGUACAUAUCUCGAGUUGUUGUUAUUGGCAGAGCAGUCAAACAGUGUACAAAUGUUGGAAAAUAGCAAUACCGUUCAGCUCAUUUACAGGUGGUUAGCGACGGGAGUCUGCGGAGGGCUCUAGGCGGUAUCUCAUGUGCCAACGGCCGUGUCUCAUAGAGCUGCGGCGGGUAGUCGCCUGCGCCGCCCGGCGUCCGCCGCCGACUCCCCUCGCUGCUAUUGACCGACCGUACCCACAAAAUUAUCUUAGUGUUGUCUGGCGCCAUCUAGUUUCAGUAGAUAUAACUAAAUGACGCCAUGUUUGCAACACCGAACAGUUUCGGAUUCACGGCGCAACGGUGUUAGUCGACCUACAUAGAUAGGACAUAACGAAAUAAAUUAUAAAUUUUUAAUAAAAGUUAUAAAUAUAUAGGGGGGAGUAGUGUCGCGAGUGGCCUCGUGUACAUACGUUGAUAUUUAUUGGCGCCCUGCGCUGGCAGACUGAACUAUGUUCCCCGAGACUCCUCACACGACGCGCCAGACAGUUUUGACCUAUUUAUAUUAAGUUGGGCACAUGUUGUUUUGUUUGACCUGAAUUGUUAUGAUUUAUUGUAUGGAAACACUGGUGAGUCAAUAAAGCUGUGGGUCUGGGACAA